GCCCAGCCUUUUUCGCCUCGCCUUUUCUCCCUUGUCCCGUCUUCGUCUUUUGGACGGAUUCGCCCGCUGGGAUUUGUUUUCCUCAUGGACGCGCCGGAGCUCGAGCCUCCGGGCCCGGACGGUCUGGAGGGCGAGGGCGAGCCGUCGGUGGAUCGGCCGCAGAACACCCUGGACUUCCCGGAUCGAAGAGAGGAGCGGAACCGUCGGGGCCUCAUCAAGUUCAAGCUGGAGAACGGGGUGCCGGACGUGGGGGGCCUGGGCUGGCGGAGCCGCGCCGGGCACUUGCUGAAGAACCAGACCUUCUACGCCAGCCGCCCGGGGGAGAACCUGUGGAACAACCCCACGCAUGCAGGGGCCAGGACCUGGCGGAACUACCACGGCCCCAAGCUCCGCACAGAUGCAGACCUCAUGGAGCGCAUGGACCGCUUGGAGUGCCACCACGCGAACUGGGAGGCACGGAAGGCGUUCGUGAACACCGUCAGAGUGCAGACCUUGGACCGCUUCUACAACCAGAAGGUAGAGAACGAGCAGAAGGAGAUGGCCUCCUUGUGGGCGCCGCAUCGGAGGGCCCGAGGGGAGUAUCACAAGCACCACGCAAACCUGGGCUCCAACUUGGAUAGCAUGCCUAUGAAGGAGCUGAAGAAGGUGCUGACUCCCACAGUGCUGCAUGGGGACCGGGACGCGGUGCGCGCGAUCACCAAGCGGAUUCAGAUGGAGGAGACCUGGAAGAUGGCCUGGAAGCAGAUGGAGCUGGCCAGACGGGCCGAGACACAGGCGGACCUGGACCACCGCAUGACCUACAACGCCAUGCUCAUGGAGCUGGCGGGCCAGGCCCCGAGGCCGCACCUGGGGCAGAAGACCCCCCACCGCUGCAGCCCCCGGGUGGAGGACCUCUCCAAGCCCGCGGAGGUGAAGGCCCCGGACGACAUCACCAAGCGCUCGGACUACAGCGGCCUGGUGCACGUGGACCACCGCCACGCGCUGGAGGCGCGGUUCCCGGGGACGGGCCACGGCCUGGCGAGUUCCUUCACCACGGAGUGCACCGACAAGGCGAAGCCCGCCUUCCCCCCGCCGGAGCCCGCCAGGACGCCCGUACGAGGUGGGUCGGUGCUGAAGGGCGCCAAGACGGGCGUGGUGAAGGGUUCCAUGCCGGUGACGAAGCACCGCCUGGAGACGGUGGCCCGGCGCCAGGACUCCUCCGUGUUGGCGGACCAUUCCCAGCAGCAGUUCUUGGCCACCGCCGCGCCUCCGGCGCCGGAUCAAGGGCGCUCGCUGCUGAAGGAGACCAAUGCGGUGGACAGCCAACAGAUGAGCCUGGAGCUGACGGCGCGGUCCGACCACACCAGUCGGAGCGGCAGCCUGCAUGAAAAGGACUCGGUGUCGAAGCUGGACAUUGCGCCGCCUGCACGCACGAUGGCGUACCCCGUGAGCGUCCCCACUGUGGAAGACGACAUGGAGGUCCCCGAUUGGCGCCCCAAGCGCAGCCACGGCUCGCUGGCCGCUGCCACUCCGCGGGAGGAGGCCCUGAGCGCGCGCUCGGAGAAGUGGCCGCCGGUAGGUAGUCAGACUGUGGACGUCAUGAUCGUGUCAGCAGCAGGACUGCCGAAGGCGGACCGGACCGGGCACUCGGACCCUUAUGUGAUCGCCCAGGUGCCGGGAAAGAGCCGGUCCAAGGCGAAGACGGCUGUAAUGUCUUCAACGGAGAGCCCGGUGUGGAAUCAAUCACUUGUCGUGCGUGGCUGGCGGCGGGGCGAGCCACUGGCCAUCUACGUGUACGAUGCAGAUGUAAUGGGCGCUGAUGAUCAGCUGGCCAGCGUCCAGGUGCCGAGCGCGGACAUUUUCCCGCAUGGCUUCGAAGGGAGGCUGGAGAUGAAGAACACCUGGAUCCUGGACAAGGGCAUGGACGAAGAAUUCAAGGCGUACAACCUUGCCUGCAGGCCCACCCUGGAUGUGAAGAUCACCCUCCGGGACGACGUGCACACUGGCUCCGGGCCUGCUAUCAGCUACCAGGAAGCAGAAGAAGCGGUCAGCAUGCCUGAUGCGCAACCUACGAUUGGAGCUGUUUGCUCCCACCUGGAUAACUUUGAAGCGCAGCUGCGGCCAGUCCCGCGCCUGGGGAAUUUCUGGAUGACCCCGCGAUGAGCGCGCGGUUGCCGCGGAAACGCAGGCGGGAGACAGCCCCUUCCAACACGGAAGCACCUAUCCGCCAACGUGGGCAACGAAAGCGGAAAUGGAUGGUUUUGCGAAAUGUGCCUG